CAUGGAGUCCGCACAUCCUCAAAACAUUGAAAACAGUACAGGCUCCGCAGAACCAUCUUCUGGACAUUCGAGCCCUGAAGCGUCAAUGUCUGAAGAUACGACGUCUAUCAGUUCAUCCAAGUUGUCGUCAUACGAGAAGGCGAUACGAGCCUUGAACGAAAGACUGGAAUAUACUCAACUACAACUCUCUCUGAAGGAGUUAGAAUGCCAAGCUCUCCUCAAGGAGAACCAUGAGCUAAAAUUUACAAGGUCGGUGAAGUAA